GAAAGGAGGAUCCAAUCUAAGUAUCUACCCAAUAAAAGAAUUUCUUUUUUUAUUCCUCUUUGACUGGGACCAAAAAUAGCAAAAAAGCUGUUCGUCAGACAUCCAAGAAAUUUUUUUGUUUGUUAAAUUGCUUAUUAUUAUGUUUAAAAGAAAAGUGAGGGAAUUUUCGAGAGAGAAAUGUUGGCAAUGGAGAAGGAUGUUGAUCCAAAGCUUAGGGUUCAAGGAACCAAUAAUAAUAAGGUUGAUGAUGAGAAAAAUUGUAAUAGUUCUUCCAAUGGUGGAGCUUCCAACAAUAUUCUGAAAUCUAAAAGCUUUUCAUUUAGAGCUCCUCAGGAGAAUUUCAGUAUUGAGGAUUUUGAAUUAGGCAAGAUCUAUGGCGUUGGUUCCUAUUCAAAGGUUGUAAGGGCAAAGAAGAAAGAUACCGGAAAGGUGUAUGCAUUGAAGGUCAUGGACAAAAAGUUCAUCACCAAAGAAAACAAAACAGCUUACGUAAAGUUGGAACGUAUUGUGCUCGAUCAACUGGACCAUUCUGGUGUUGUGCGGCUAUAUUUUACAUUUCAAGAUACUUUUUCCCUGUACAUGGCACUUGAAUCCUGUGAAGGUGGAGAGCUUUUUGACCAAAUAACAAGAAAAGGUCGUUUAUCAGAGGAUGAAGCUCGUUUUUAUACUGCAGAGCUUGUAGAUGCUCUUGAAUACAUACAUGGCAUGGGAUUGAUACAUAGAGAUAUUAAGCCAGAGAAUUUGCUACUCACCAAAGAUGGCCAUCUUAAGGUGGCAGACUUUGGUAGUGUAAAGCCACUGCAAGAUAGCCGAAUUACAGUCCUUCCCAAUGCAGCCUCAGAUGAUAAAGCAUGCACUUUUGUGGGGACGGCUGCAUAUGUUCCUCCUGAAGUCCUUAACUCUUCUCCAGCAACUUUCGGAAAUGACAUCUGGGCACUUGGCUGCACCUUGUACCAAAUGCUUUCAGGGACUUCUCCAUUUAAAGAUUCAAGUGAAUGGCUUAUAUUUCAAAGAAUUAUAGCCAGAGAUAUAAGAUUUCCAAAUUAUUUUUCUGAAGAAGCCAGAGACCUUAUUGAUCGCUUAAUGGAUAUUGAUCCCAGUAGGCGAGCAGGUGCUGGACCCGAUGGUUAUGCUGCAGUCAAGAGUCAUCCUUUCUUUAAGGGAGUUGACUGGAGUAAUGUAAGAGCAGAAACCCCUCCGAAGCUUGCAUUAAAGACAGGGGCUCAUUCAAGUGAUGGUGAUGAUCAUAGCGAUUCUUCACAGAAUCCAACCCACCUCCGAAAUGGUUCAGGUAGACAAAAUGAUGGACCAUUGUCGGCUGAAUCAUCUGGCCAUAUAACUAGAUUGGCCUCAAUUGACUCCUUUGACUCGAAAUGGCAACAAUUUUUGGAACCGGGAGAAUCAGUUCUUAUGAUCUCAAUGGUGAAGAAACUACAGAAGUUAUCAAGCAAGAAGGUGCAACUUAUCCUCACCAACAAGCCGAAAUUGAUUUACGUAAAUCCUUCGAAAUUGGUUGUAAAAGGGAAUAUUAUUUGGUCUGACAAUUCUAGUGACCUCAGCGUCCAGGUCACAAGUCCAUCACAGUUCAAAAUUUGCACGGCAAAAAAGGUAUUGUCAUUCGAUGAUGUGAAACAAAGAGCAUGGCAGUGGAAAAAAGCUAUCGAGGGCCUUCAAAACCAGUGAAGUGAUUUUAUUCAUUGUCAUGAAGCACAUUCUUCAGACAUUCUGAUAUUAUUAACUCAAGAGCCGUUUAAACAAUCGACAUCUCGAAGAAAACGUUUAUGUCAUGAAAACGGCUUGAGACUUUUUUGAUUCAACAGCUGUUUUGUGGUGUAGGCUGCUCUUUCGGUUCACAUUAAGCUUUCAUCCACUCUUUUGUGGAAUUAGGUAUGUAUGUAUGCAUGUAGGUUAUAAGGGUUUUCCUACAUGUUUCAAGCUUGUCUGAUAUGAAUUUACAGUCUAAAAUAUGAUUUUGAUAGGGAAAAAAAGAAAAAAGAAGAGGUGAUUUUGCUGUUAAAUUACAGUUUUCAAUUGAAAGUAGAUGUUUCAAAGUCAUUAAUGAAAAAUAUUUUCAUGAAAUAGUUCUUUGAGAAUUAAUUUAUGGUGGAAUUAUGAUUGAACCGAUGAAUUUUAUUGAUAUAAUUGUAUUUAUUGUGCAAGUUUUAAA